AUGUCGGCGUCACUCUCCCUUCCACCGGCCCAUGUGUCGCCAGUAUCGCUGCUCAUCAAAACACAAAUACGGACUAAACCACGGCCACCACCGCCAUCAACGACGCUCACAGGCAAAACGGCUCUCAUAACAGGCAGCAGCAGCGGCCUGGGCCGGGCGGCCGGCGAGCAGCUGCUUGCACUCGGUCUGUCGCGUCUGAUUAUGGGAAUCCGCGACGGCCCCAAAGGCGAGCGCGUGGCGGCGGCGCUGCGGACCAAGUUCCCCCAAGCGCGUGUCGAUGUCUGGACUGUCGAGCAGGAAUCCUACGAUUCAGUGCGCGCUUUUGCCGCGCGCUGCGCUGACGCUGAUCGGCUGGAUAUGGUUAUUCUAAACGCCGCGUUUGCGACGCCCGAGUGGCGUGUGACUGAGAAUGGACACGAGGCCAUGCUGCAAGUCAACUACCUCUCCACAGCACUGCUAGCCAUCCUCCUCCUCCCUGUCCUCAAAGCCAGCAGCACGAAGCACGGCAGCGGUCCCGGCCGCCUCACCAUCGUCGGUUCCAACCUCUCGCUCACCGAGGCGUUCCCCCCGACCGACAAGGACCCGCUUCUCCCAUGGCUCGAUGACCCGAGCAACGCCAAGACCUGGGGCAUGGUGGCUGCCCAACACCGCCAGAUCACAGCCAAGAUCUUUGGCCUGAUGCUGACCCAGAAGCUGGGCGAGCUGGUCGACCCAGACCUCAUCAUCGUCAACACAGUGGACCCAGGCAUGGUAAAAGGCACCGAAGUCGGCCGACGCCUCCCCCUCCCCGCCAAAGCCUUCGUGUGGGUCAUCUUCACGCUGCUAGCGCGCCCGGUCGAGCAUGGCGCGUGGACCUACCUGGACGCGGUGCUCGUGCAGGGCCGGGAGAGCCAUGGCGGGUUUGUGGUCAACUGGGCGCUGCACCCCUUCCACAAGGACAUGUACACGCCCGAGGGCAGGGCGACAACGGAAAGGGUCUGGCAUGAGACACUGCGGGAUUUGGCGCGGGUGGCGGAUGUGCAGGCGGCGUUGGCGGAGGUGAGGAGGGAGGGUGGUGUGAGUGUAGGGGCCGUGUAG